CGAACCGCCCACUCCACUCCACAACGAUACAUCGCUCACCCUCACAAUCAUCCAAUUUUGCUGCAUAAACUUUUCAAUUUCCUUACCUUUGGACAGUGCAAGACAAAUAAUAAAAUGCAUACCGACCGGAAAGUGUAAAGCGUGUACGAUAUCGGGCCCGAACCAUUUCCCGAACGAUUCACCAUCUGUGCAGCACCUCUGCCCCAGCUUGGUUUUAUUACUUACCCACUUCUACCAUACAUUUCACACACACACGCUAGGUGUAUCUAUGUUCCUGUCUACUGGGCUGUGCAGCCAUCUUCUCCGCCUGCACACCACCUGGUUGUGUCAAACGGCGCGCAAGCGAUGCAUCGAUGACACAGACAGUAAUCGUAGCAACCAUCGCCGCUCAUCUACCGCUAGCAAUCUUGUCCCAAGCAGCUGUUGAGAACGAUUUUUGCUUCAUUCGAUCCCGUUUUCGUACGUAGACAGUCUCGUCGCCCGUCUCAAUUGAAGCACCACCCACGGUGGUGAAGGUGAGAGGAAAAUUCAAAAAAAAAAGUAUAUUAUAUCCCAUUUACGAUCCGUACAUUUGUCGUGCACACAGCGGCGGUCGAAUCAGUGCCGGGUGGCUCAGAAGCCAAAGGUCAUCUGAUCAGCAGUAGCGGCGGUGUCGGUAGCGCAAGCAAACUUCCAAAUUGACAAUCUAUUACCCUCUGCCAGCACACUCGGCCAACCCAGACUAUCGGAUCCAAUCAGGCAGUCAGCCCAGCCCCGGAGUAACAGCCGAAACAGCUUCGCUGCCCCGGUGCGAUGCGGAAAACGAUGGCGCCCACCAGAGCUGAACGUUCGAUCGACUUCUGUCGAAAGGAAUACAAAGCAACAAUGUGCCAGAAAGCUCGAGCAGGCCUCACUGUUCCAGCGCAUGGCGAAAUAUCAUGUGAAUGAACUGACGAAAGACCGGCACGAAAAGAAGUCAUCUCCAAUUACUCAACCCCAACCGCCCAGCUGCUCAGCUGUGCACGCGCACCGUCGAUGUAGUACGCACCGGUUUGCAUGGCCCGACUGUCCUAGACCGUUGCGUGAUGGGCGCAAGGAGUGGUGCCUACCACCGGGCAGAUAUCGAUUAGGUGGAAGUCUCGCAGAUUUAGCUAACCAAUCAACAGGUGGCGACAGCAAAGCAGUACGGGACGGCCCCACUAAAGGUGGAUUCGGAUGCGGUGGCGCCACCGGCCCGAACAGCAGCCAGCGCCACCCGGUGGACAUCAACACGAUCAACCUACCGGCCGAGAUGAAUAAGUUAUUGCAUCCGCGCAAAUACUUUGUCGGUAAAAUACGACCCGGUGAUCGCAUGACCGACCGUCCCACGCUGCGUUUGGCCCUAUCUGAACCGACGGUUUGCUACCGCGAUCCGAACCAUCCCGGUCCCGGCAACUACGAUCCGGCAAAGCCACAACUCCCACCACACCCCGGACAAACGGUCAGCAAGCAGCGCCCUCUUCCGCCGUGCUGCUACACGUACGAUCUAUACUGCCGGGAGCCUUUCUUCCGUCCACCUCCGGGCCGGUACGACAUCCGUGACGCGCUGCCACCACUCGCUUCCGACCAAUCACAGCCAAUCACGGUACAACCGAUCCCACCGAUACGGUACGGCAAGGCAACGAUUCGUUUGAACUCCAUCGAUAUUCCCGUCCGACCCCGGAAGGGACGCCGUAACAUGAAGGUGGCAUUUCUGAGCGGAACUGCCCGGUUUCGGGAUCGCGACUUUAUGCCUAUCGGUGGGCUGGGAAAAGCGACGCCAACCGGAGGAAGUUUCACUGGCAAGCGCCUGGAAAAGCAGCAGGAGAAAACACCAGCAGCAACAUCAACAUCAAAGAGAUCAGCCAGUCCGCUGCUCGCACAAACCUCACCACCUCGAGACUGGCUGGAAGGGGCAGGGCGUGUCUCAACCGGCGGAGAGGGGAGUGCUACACCACGGUCGUCACAAGUCGAACAGGUGGAAGGCCAGCCGGAAGGGGAGGAUACCGUCGAGGAUAAAGCGGAACGAGCUGGAGUAAGUGAGGAUUUGGUUGAAGUGCUUGUCACAUACGGGAUCAGCCGGGGAGACCUGCCACCACUGUCCAGGCACAAGAUACCGACGAAAUUCUUCACAGUUCCUAAACUAGCUCGUACCGGACCGGUGGCAUUGGUUUAACCAAACAUCGUGCUCGUGCUUUAUAUUUUUCGAAUCCUAAAUUUAAAUUCAUGUGAGCUGGUCGUUACUAUCACGUUUAAUGCAUGAGUAUCAAUUCUUAUUAUGUUUGAAUUGGUCAGAAUUGUAAUAUAAAAAAACAAACACAUAGCGGUUUUUUGUAUCUUUGACUGAUUUGAAUCCUUGGUCGCAAAGAUUUUGAUCACAACAAUCUUGUUUUGCGCACGACCAUGAAUUUUGCGACCAAGAAGUUUGUGUAGGAUUGCGCCCUACACUAGAUUACCUUAAACUCGCGAUUCGAGUUUCAAAGGAAGCAAAAAUCAGCACGAUACCAAAUACACCUGAGAGCGCUGACAAGUGUCAAGUAAGAGCUACCCGCCAAGGACUCUGUACAAGAUUAGACCAAGAAGGUCGCAAAAUUCUUGGUCGCAAAAUUCUUGGCCGCAAACUUCUUGGUCGCAAACUUCUUGGUCGCAAAACGUAUGGUAUUAAACUAAACGAAUUUAAUUGAAUAGAGAGGUGAGAGCGGGAGUAAAAGUUUAUCAUUCAUGGAGGCUAGUAUCAAUACCUACAACGAAUUAAAUGCAUUAGCGGAAGCACCCUCUAAGCUAGGAGUUAAUAUCUUUAUUGGUGGGGAAAAAAAUACACUAAUAUCUUACCUAGUACGCUAUAAUUGCGUAGCAUUAAACAAAUUAAGGUACGUCACAUAUAUGCGAUGUUCAUGUCGGCAGUCCUAGGAUUUAAAACAUUUGCAAUGAACAACGAAUUUUCUUUUGAAUGUCCUCACGAGAGUGCUUGAACAGAGUUGAACAGUUUGCGAAAAACUGUUCUUUGCAUGCAAGUUGUAAAAUGCUUGCACAGAAGUAUUUCACACCCCGAGAACCGGAGUGAAAUAUUUCAAACGGUUUUCCUCGAAUCGAAAGCAUCUCCUUGUGCACAAUUUUUCACAUGUUAUCGAAAUUGUACCGAUCCUUCAGCUUCUUCCGUAUGC